AUGAACGUCCUCAAGUCGAUGUUCGGUGUAUGUAGCAGUUCAGGCGAGAAGGGAGAAGUUCAUGACACUAUCCGAAGGGUGUUUGGCAACGAGAUGGUCUUGAAAGAUAACAAUGAUAAGCAUAAUCAGAGAACACGCUACCUUAGCCACAUCCGAGAAAAUCUGCCAAAGAUUCUUGAGGCGAAGAUGGUAGCGCCGACUCAUAAAAGUAAAACAUCCAAAAGACAUGCACCCAUUGUGACAGAGAGUACAGAUAAUGAUGAAAGGCCAGGCAGAAUUGGACCAAAAAUAGUUGUUUUUGAUGCUUCUACAGGCACGGGUCGCCUCGUGCUAGUUGGUGACGAACGCGUGAGUGUGCAAGGUCUAUCGAGCUUUGCGACAAUUCGGGCCACGGCCUGCGCAUUUGCAGGAAAGUGGAUGUAUGAGGUUCAGCUUGGCACUAAAGGCAUUAUGCAGAUUGGCUGGUGUACAUCCUCCUGCGUAUUUUCAAUGGACACCGGAGUAGGAGACACGGCUCAUUCGUACGCCUACGACGGAGGCCGAAUCCGGAAGUGGAACGUGGCCACCUCGCCUUACGGGCAAUCGUGGCUACCUGGUGACGUCAUUGGAUCUUGUCUUGAUUUGGAUAAGGGAACUUUGGAAUACUACAGAAAUGGAGUGUCAAUGGGCAUCGCAUUCAACAAAGUGGCUUAUGGUGCCGGUAUUGCAUACUUCCCUGCUGUAUCAUUGGCGAUGCAAGAACAUCUCUACGCCAAUUUUGGACAUGUGCCGUUUGUGUUUCCAGUAGAGGGCCACGCACCGUUACAAUUAGCACCGACAAAGGAAUGUAUUCGAGCGGCGCUGCUCUUUAAAAUGUUGGACUCCUUGUUGGAUGAACUGGCUCACCUGUCCGACUUAAAACCUCCAGUAACACCUAAACAUAGUAAGGAGGCUGUUGGUGCUGGCGCGCACCCGCUGCAUUAUAGGGGCUUGUCGCUUUGA